UGAUCGUAUGGGCUGGCAGGGGGUGCGGUCUUAUUGGUCGGUAACUGUCCACAGGCAGGGAGUCAUUGGCUGUCAUCUAGGCCAAACUUGGAAGCUGUCUAACGCAGGAGCUGUCACUAUAGGCAGUGACAGUGGCCGAUGAGCAAGAGAGGAUGGAAGAAGAGAAGGAGGAGGGGAUAGAUUUAUCGGAGGAUGAGGAAUUGCUGCGCUGGGUCCGGGCAGAGGUGGAGAAGGAUGAUUCGUUGAUGAAGCACAGAGCUGAAGUGGCCCGGAUGGAGGAACUGGUGAAGCAGAGAGAGAAGGACAUGUUUCUCACCCAGCUGCUCUACAGAAACGCAUGCCAGUCAGUCUUAGAGUGUGAGUCAGUGGUAAGAGGCCUGUAUGGGCAGCUGGGAUUGGACUACAGAGACACGGACUCAGAGGAUGAAGACAAGGUCACACAGCCUGUCAAUGUCAUUCAGAUUAUUGACGACGAAGGUGGACUGAAAGACAUCGCAUCAAGUCAAAGCCCCGCAGAGUCCUCUACCGCAACAAAUACAGCGAUGGAAAGUCUCAAAUGUUUGACUGCUGAGACAUCUACACCAGUAAACACUACCAGCAAAAUUCCCACUCAACCCAGUUUAUGUGCCAGAACUCCGUCUAUCACAAACGAAUCCUGUUCCCCCAAUCUCACACACGCCACCAACACACCUGCCCCCAGCUCUGUGGCAUCAGCACCCAAAACGCCUAUAGUCUCAGAUCCAGUUGCCAAAACAAGCACACCUGUGGAUACAGUGGGUGACAGUAUUGUAACACCAAGCAACCAUUCCCAUGGCAACACCAUCACAGCGACGGAUACAACAGCUACCCCCAGCACGUCCUCGAGUGUUGUUUCUGUCCUACCCAGUACAGCCCUAUCUACCUCCAGUGCGACUGUCAUCACCAUGACAACUUCCAGCAGUGUGUCCCAGGCCCCGCUGAAUACGCCAGCUCAGACAGAUGACUGCCUGCAGGGGGAGGAACUGAAGGUUAACAUGAGGAUUCUGGGAAGGAAGACCAACGCGUGGUGUCAGGGCUCCGUCACAGAAAUCAGAGCAGACGUUGGCGGUCAUAAGUACGAGGUGCAGUUUGAUGGAGGGAAAGGAAAGCGCCUGUUGCCUGGACACCACGUGGCGUUUUUUGGACCUCCUCUGCUCAAGCAGCUGUUUGUGGGUGCGCGAGUGGUCGCAAAGCACACGGAGGACGAGGACUCUCGGCUGUGUUCUGCCGUCAUCGCCGAACUGCCAGACCGAAAAAACCGAAUGAGAUUCUUGGUGUUUUAUGACGAGGGAAGCACUGCGUAUGUCGCCCUGCCAGACCUUCACCUGGUCUGCAAACCACUGGAAAACGUAUGUGAGGAUAUCGAUGACGAGGAAUGGCGAUCCCAGGUGGAGGAGUACCUGCGAUAUUACCCCAGUCCCCUCAGCGUGUUCCUGCGGGCUGGCGUGGACGUGCAGGUGAAGCUCCGGGGAAACUGGGAGGACUGCAAGGUCACGGAGGUGGACGGGAGCCUCAUCCAUGUCCAGUUCACGAAAGACAAACACACUGAAUGGCUCUAUAAGGGUUCAGGGCGUCUGAAACAUAUCUGCAGCAUCAGGAAACACUUGGCUGAACAAAAACAGCAAACUUCCUCCAAAGAAGUAGGAAAGAUUGUCAAGUUUAACAGCAACAGAACGCUCCAAAUCAAUUCAAAAACCAACUCGGAUUCCUCAGCAACAGAGACAUCAUCGGCAGUUACCACAACAACAGUCACUACGACAACCGCCAGCCGUCUGAGAGGUGGCGUGUCAGCUGACAAAGAGGGGACACGGUCGCUUACGCAGCAGGGCAUCAGCCUGCCCAGUCGUCUUCAGCCCCGAGUGGUUCUACACAGAAUCGCCCUCCCUCUGCCAGCCUCCUCUGAGAACACACCAGACAGAGAAACGGCUUUGGCUGUCGCCACAGCAACCGCCGCUGAGUCAGAGAAGGCCCCGUUUAACACUGCCAAGCGACCGGCACCCUGUCCUCUCCUGUGGAAUCCUCUGACAUACAAACCUCACCAGUGCAGCCCGGUGUGCCUGGAUGGGCUCAGACCUCAGAAUCCGGAUUUGCACCGCGGCCGAAACCCCCUCCUCAUCCCGCUUCUCUGCAACUUCCGUCGCAUGAUCGCACGCAGGCGUCUGGACGGCAAGGCAUCAUUCCAUGUCUUCUACAGAGCACCCUGUGGUCAGACAAUGUGUGACAUGGGAGAGAUCCAGGACUUCCUGUGGGAGACGCGCUGCGACUUCCUGUUCCUGGAUAUGUUCUGUCUGGACUUCUUUGUCCUGGUGAACCGCGCUCCUCCUCCCUGCGUGUCUGCGGACGCUCCGCCGUUCUUCUCCCUGCCGGACGUUUCCGAGGGAGAGGAGCUGGUUCCCGUGCCCUGCGUAAACGAGGUGGACGCCACUCCGCUGCCCGCGGUGAAGUACACGCGGCAUAGGUCGCUCGCCCCGGGCAUCCCGGUCAGCACUGAUCUGAGCUUUCUGAUUGGCUGUGACUGUACUGAUGGCUGCAGAGACAGGUCGAAGUGUUCUUGCCAGCAGCUGACCAUCGAAGCGACGGAGCUGUUUCCUGGAGGUCCUGUGGAUGUUAAUGCUGGAUACACACAUAAGAGACUGCAGCGCUGUCUGCCCACUGGGGUGUAUGAGUGUAACCCACUCUGUCGCUGCGACCCCAGGAUGUGCUCUAACAGGCUCGUUCAGCACGGACUCCAGCUCCGCCUCCAGCUCUUCAUGACUCAGCACAAGGGCUGGGGGGUCCGUUGCCAAGACGACGUAGCCAAAGGCACAUUUGUGUGUCUCUUCACAGGGCGGGUCGUGACAGAGGACAUGGUGACCGCGGAGGGUCAGGGGUUAGCUGAUGACUACCUGGCUAACCUGGAUUAUAUUGAGUGUGUGGAGAAGAUAAAAGAGGGCUAUGAGAGUGAAGCCUGUUGCUCUGAAGACGGGACCUCUGUAACCACGACAACACCCCACUCUGAGAAACAGAGUGGUGGAACCCAGGAGUCUAAGAUCAAGAGCGCUGGUCUGGAGAGGAGGAAAACCACGAAGCCCACCCCCGGGUUCGCCAUUAAGUCCUCACACAGGAAGGUGAAGCCGACAGGAUCGACAACACCUCCAAAAAAAGAGAAAAAAUUACCCUCCAACAUCUCUGCACGGACCCUGUUUGACGGAGAGAAGACCUGUUACAUUAUCGAUGCACAGCAAGAGGGUAACAUCGCCCGCUACCUAAACCACAGCUGCAGUCCCAACCUGUUCGUGCAGAGCGUUUUCGUCGACACGCACGACCUGCGCUUCCCUUGGGUGGCGUUCUUCACCAGCAAGCGUAUCAGAGCGGGUACAGAGCUAACAUGGGACUACAGUUAUGACGUGGGCAGCGUGGAGGGGAAGGUUCUGCUGUGUUGCUGUGGUUCUGCUGAAUGCACAGGACGUCUCCUCUAACGGCCCGGGCACAGACAGAGGAGAGAGAGAGGAGAGGAGAUACGG